GCGCGCGCGGUGACUCGCUUCGAACGCGAAUUCGAAUUCGUCAACGGACAAUGACUAUGUGAACGUUUCGUGUUCGAAAUUCGAUUAUGUUCUAAAUUUGAAAUUCGAGUGUGUGAACUUUGAAAGAUGUCAGAACUGCGCGGAUCGCCGCCUCUUUCGCGGGGUGUUUUGGAGAACGGCUUCGGGGCGCCGCUGGCCGCUUUGAGCUCGUUGGCGGAGGCGCCUCCUCCGGCCCCUAAUCCUCACGGCAUCGACCAUAUACUGUCAAGGCCGACGGUUGGGACCAAUGUUGGUGCUGGUCUCCUGACUCCGAGGUUGUCUUUGGCGGCAGCCGCGGCGGGCAUGGCGCAUUACUUGCAGCACAAACCACUGUACUGGCCAGGCUUUCAAGGGCUGGUAUCCAAUCCAAUGGCGUGGAGAGACAGAUUGCAGUCUAUGAGUAAUGGAGCACUAAGCGCUUGCGCCGCGCAAGGGGGUGGAAUGGACAAAGACGGAAAAAAGAAACAUACGCGGCCUACGUUCAGUGGACAGCAAAUAUUCGCGUUGGAGAAGACAUUUGAGCAGACAAAAUACUUGGCGGGCCCUGAAAGGGCCAAACUUGCGUACGCAUUGGGCAUGACGGAGUCACAGGUUAAGGUAUGGUUCCAAAACAGAAGAACGAAAUGGCGGAAAAAGCACGCCGCCGAAAUGGCGACGGCGAAACGCAAACAAGAGGAGCUCGGCGAAGAAUGCGACGACCAAGAGCCCCACGACAACGACCCCUGCAGCGACGACGACGACGCCAAGCGGCCGCGGCUCGACCUUCAUCACCAGCACAUCCCUCACCACCAGUUACCGCACCACCGCCAGUGAUCCGACCCAACCGGCGCUGGUGAGGGAACCCUCAAAACCAGUGCCAGUGAGAACAGUGACGUGAAAGAACUAGAGGUAGACUCUGAGAAUAGCGUAGGUACCCGUAGCUUCGAAGACUACGGGAGGGACUACAAAACGUUCAAUUACAAAGACGACAAGUUCCAAACGAAUUACACGAGAAAUCCAACUAACGAUACUAAAUUCUCGGCGAAUAGUGAACGUAGCGAUACUAACGGUUAUUAUUUGAACUUCGGCGGUGUAUAUCCUGAUUAUGUAGUGCCGAGAACAUUUUGUAAGGAAUCUAAUAAUGACGACGCGCCGUGUGACUUAUCCAAUUGGCAAGUUAGGGCUUCUAGUAAGUUCGAACAGGGCAUGGUUGAGAACGAACGAGAAUUAGCCGGCACUAGUGAGGUAGAAAGUGAACAGGACGGAUUAAACAACGAGAACGAUGAUACCGUUCAACAGCCUAUAAACUUCGCGUACUAUCACUUCUAAAUAAUGUGAAUACAUCAGGUUGUUUGUAGAUUUUUAUUUAAUCUGUAAAUAGUUACACUAUAAGUAGUCAUGUGAUACAUAAUAAGUAAUUUAUUAUAAUUAGAUUUUACAUUAUACCAAUAUGUGUAUUAUGUGAGGUAAUUAAGUAUAAUAUUGUAAAUUAUGACAUUAAACUCCCCGGUGCCAAUUUCCUAUCGUGUAGUCAUUGCGUUAUUUUCUAAAUAUUAUGUAGUUAACAUCUUUAGAUAAGCUUUUGUAUUCUAGAGACUGUUUGAUCUUAAUAGCGUAAUAAUUUGGCAUUGUUUAACAAUUUUACAAUAUUUUUUACAAAAACCUCUUGAGAAAUCAUAGGAAUUAUACUGAAUUAUAGUAGUUAACUAUCUAUAUGUGUAAUUUAUGAUACCAGUGUUGUCAAAACGAAUGCUUGCUUACAUAAUUUUAUAAUUUGUAAAUAUAAUUUUCAUAUUUGAUUUAAAAUGUAAUUGUAAAUAAACAGUAGUGGCAUUAAACGUCUGGAAAUGUUUUGAAGUUGACGCUAGAAUGGCGUACGCAAUAUGUAUAAAUAAUAUUGUAAAUUAUAAGUGAUAAAUUGUAUAUAAUUAUUUAAACGAAUUUAACGACUAAUGUAAACUAUGAGUAGGCUCAACCACGCUGGGUAUUGAACCGUGGACAGGCAAACUUGCUUUAGACUAAGAAACAUUCAUGUAAUAUUUAAUAAAAUAAAUAUAUAAAAUCGAAGGUUUUUACACAAUAUAUUAUUAUGUUUAUAUAAUAAAUGUGUCUAAAGCGAUAAAAUAUUACGAAAAAAAAACAUAGCUACUUACACCUGGAUAAGAAAUUUCAAAAAAAUGUUGGCUGAAAACAAACCACUCCAAGAGAUAAUUUCGACUAUGCACUUUGUUAUUUAAAUAUAAAUUAUUAUUGUCAUUAUUGUUGCUAAUGAUGAAUUCAAUAUAAUAAUCAAUUUUAAUAGUCAUACUAUUAAAAUUGAAUUAGAUAAUUAAAAACGAACGGUUAAAGAAUAAAAUAAUUUCAAAAAAGGAGAACAAAUAUAUAUGAUAUUUGAUCUCAGCAAAGUAUGGCUAUUUGGUUUUACUUAAAUUUUAUCGCUCUAGAUAUAGAUUUACAAUGAAGAUCGCAACUUUUAGGGGAUAAUGGAUCUCAUUCUCGAUACAUUUGUUUAUAUUUGGAUACCGGUAUGGAUAUUGGUUUUAGGAAUGCCAAUUCAUUUUGCCAAUUAAAAAGUUGCCAAAUUAACAGUAUUUAUAAACAGAUCAACUGAACAGCCACCAAGUUGCUAAGUGAUUACUUUGAAUUUAUUUUCAUUUUUUUUUGUGUAUUUAGCUUAUCAUGUUGAUGCUACAUCUAAACUUUACAAUAACAAAGUUUGAUGUACUGAAAUUCCGAACCAGUAAUUCGAUAGAAAUCGCUCAAUUUAGGAAUGCAACAAUUUUUCACUAAAAAUCUGUUUUAAACCGAUCUUCAACUUAAUUUCAAAACAUAAGUAUUAUAAUUGUUAUAUUAAGAAAAUUACAAUCAUAGUGUUUUGUUUUGUUUUAAUUUAGUUUCUUGUUGCCUAAAGCAAGUUUGACUUUGUACUAACAAGUUGUAUGGAAAUGUAUGAAUAAACUAUGGCGCUUACACACACAACAGAAUCUAUCGUGAGAGAUGUUCUUUAUAAAAAUCUACAGUUUUGAACCGACUUGAAAAGAGUAUUCUCAGUUCUAAUAAAUUUUAUAUUUAAUUGUUAUCCGAUAUUUUUGUCAAUUAUGAACUACGUGGUUUUGAUGACUUAUUUAUUAAUUUAUUGUAUUUUAUGCACCAUUUGUAGGUCUCCUACUUAUUUUUUUUAAAGUAAGAGACAUUCUAUUUCGUAAAAUACUAAAUUAAUUAUAGAAUAUUAUUAGAUAUUAUAUAUCUAGAAAUUUCUUUAUUUUCAUUCUAAUUUACAUCACAUGCAUUAAUUUAUUUAUAUUUAUUGUAAUACAUAUAUAAAACAACAUGUUUAUUUAAAACACAUGUCGCUAAAUUAUGUAUUUUGGCGAAAAUAAGAUAGGGACUGUGAAAUGAUGUAUAAUUGUUAUUAAUUUACAAUAAAUUCGAUUGUAAUUUAAAAUAAAAAUAAAAGAUCUUCCAUAAUAAAAUUUUAUAUAUAUAAAAUACCAUCAAUGUGUAUAUAAGCGCCUUAGUUUACUGAAAUAUAAAUAAAAAUAGUCAACGAGCUUUAAAAAUAACGAACUUCGCUUAAAACUGCACAAACACAAAAUAGGUACGCUUGAAACCAACUGUAUACACAUCCACCAAAAUGCAAAGGAAAUAGUAUAAAAUUUCUAAAAAGAACCUAUUCGAUACCUAUCUCGUAAUAUAAGAAUAUGAGCGUGGAAAAUCUACAUAAUGUGGUUGGAA